AUGGACGGUGUGAAAUCAUCCUCCGGUAUUUGGGAGGAGUUCUUGGACCUCGAUGCGUUGUCCAGCGAACCCAGGCUCCAGCCUGGGCCUUUAUCUGGACCUCUGGACAAACUGGAGGAAGAGCUGGCUCACUAUCUCUCCCAACACGGAGCCCCCUCACUCCUAUCUUCGUCACUUAUGUCCUUCUGCGACAUGGACACAAACCACAGGUCUUCUGUAGACAUGCCUCAAUCGGACAGUGACGCAACCCCCAACACCCCACUCACACCUUACUCUCGCAACCACGUUCAUUUCAUGUUUCCCGGCAUGGACGAACCAGAGCCUGAUGAGGCAGAUUCAAACGUGACCCAGACUUCUUCUGAGUUCUCCGUUACGAGCAGUAAAACUCUUUCCCCGUCUACAUUCCUCCCACAUAAACCUCCCCCAUCGACAGUCAGAGGCACAUUUACGUUACCCCCUCCUCUUCCUCUAUCAACACAGCAAUCGCAGUGCGCUGUUUUGCAAACAAUAGGUCACACCCCAACAAACAUUCUCGGAUCGACAGUGGAGGAAUUUCGUAAUGAAGUCGGAGACAAACGUAAAACCACGAACCAAUCAAACGCUGAAAUACACAUUUGCAAAGAGAAGAAAAAGAAAAGUCUGGCUAAAGAUGCGGACGUUAAGAAAACUCCGGGAAGAAAAAAAAUCAUUGGUUCGUCUCCAGGCGAACUUCAGAAGAAGCGCCGACUGGCAGCCAAUGCCAGAGAGCGGAAACGAAUGCAAAGCCUAAACACGGCCUUCGACCAACUGAGGGAAGUGAUCCCAUCUACGGGCGAGGACCAGAUUUUGUCCAAGUACGACACACUGCAGCUGGCGCAAAGCUACAUCCAGGCUCUGCAGGAGCUGCUGGACUCUGACCCGGAGGUAGACCCAGGCGUAUCGUGACCUGGAAGGCAGGCCGGGCGGUGAAGAACUGGGACAAAAGGUCUGAGGCAUCGUCUGCUCUGACAAAACAUAAUGCCAUAUUUUUCGGGGCCUCUGGCCUGAACAUUAUGCAGGAUCUAGGAGAUAUACUAGGAUUAUCGUGACACAAAACUGUUGGAGGGCGCAAAGGUUACGAGACCUGCAUGAUAAUAUUCUGUAGAGGCAGAGUGCAUUAGGACAAAGUGCAGUGCGUAUUUGUUGUGUGCAAUCAUGUUGAUAUCUAAUGACGCCAGUUUUUCCUUUCUUCUUCUUCUUCUUUUUCUUCUUCUACUUUUUCUUC